CAGCUUGUUGUGCCGUAGCAGUUAACAGACACUUGCUACCUGCAAACUUCCGAGUGUUUCUGUCAGAAAUUUGCGGUGACGGAGCGGAUCGAUUAGUCCGCAGCGAUUGGGAACCUGUGAGGAUCCCCGCAGCGGAAUGCUGGCGGAACUCUGCGCAUCUUGCGUUGUUCCUUCGGAUUACGCUUUUAAAGAAUAACAUGCAUGGAUUCUGACGCGGUCUAAACAAAGAAGAAUGACCAUGGACUUUUCCCAGCUGCACACAUACACACCUCCACAGUGUGCUCCAGAGAACACCGGCUACACGUAUUCUCUCAGUUCAAGUUACUCAACUGCAGCAUUAGAGUUUGAGAAGGAGCACCAGAUUUCUCCUGUGUACGAAUCGCCCAAGAUGUUACGGCGGAGCCUCCGUCUGCAGAACAGCGGCAGUCAUUACAACACCGAGAGUGUAACUGAUUACUCCCUGAACCAUGGCAGCAGUUACAUCGACACCAGGAAAGAGACGCGGACACCACGAAAUAGAAAGCAGAAGUCCACAUCCAGCUCUGUGUCUUUAUCCCUGAGCCAAAUUGCAACACCGAGACAAAACCUGUCCUUCUCAGAUGCCAGUACCCCGAUUGACAGAACAAGUCAUGAAAACGUCACAACAUACGACGUCUCGCGGCUCGUAUCAGCUCGAGAGCAGUAUCACCUGAGGCAGCGCAGAGGAACCACCAUCAGAUCUUCAACUACUGUGGAUGGACAGUGGGAGCAACACUCCAGCGAGAGCUCAUCAAACGUCAACGGAGAAGCCAGCUUUUCAAAAUCCAACGCUUCGGUCCCUAAUGGUUACAUUUGCAAAGAUUGCUCGUUUCACUCUCAGCAAAGUCACUCUCGUGUCACACGGUCAUCAUUGACUUCGCUAUCAUCAUCACCAUCCUGCCAAGCAGCAGAACUUUCCACUGAUGGCCUCACCUCCGUAUCUUCACCUUACACAAAUAUUUAUACCAGAGACAGGAGUCGAAGGAACAAGUCGGGUGUCCUGAUGUCGAUGUCUAACUCAUGUGUGCACUACAGCAAAAAAGCCCUGUCCCCCAUUGUGUCCUUAGUUUCCAUUGUCUACAGCACUUUGGUCUGGCUGGGAACAAGGACCAGAAACUCAGCAGUCUGGCUGGGUACAAAGACCAGGAACUCAGCUGAAAAAGGGGUGUCAAUGGGUGUGUCAACAGGAGUCCAAACCUCGUACUCAGACUCCUUGACACAAGCGUGGCCCUCGAGUUUGUCCAAACUUUGGCUGUUUAAGCAGACCGCUCUCCACAGGAUGAUGGGCUCCAAAGAUCUUGCCUUUGAAGAACAAGGCCACUCAAGUUUCUGUGGAAGUAUGAAUGUGAAAGACCUGGUCACUGAAGAAACAUCUCAUCUUAACCUCAAUGGUUCCCUGUGUGACGACUGUAAAGGAAAGCAGUACUCUGAGUCUCGCACUGUCACCGUUGCACCACUCCCCAGGUCACAGCGCUUGGUGGGGGCGCUGUGGAGCAUCCUAGCUUACACAGGUUUCUAUCUGCUGCUGCCUGGUCACUGUCUGCUUGCAGCAGGUAAAGCUUUAGGUUCAAGAAUUGUCACAGCAACACAAAGCCUUCUCUCAUGCUUCUGGGCAAUCCUAGCAGCCCCAGCAAAAGCAGGAAAGGGACUGAUGUGGUUUCUUGCAAGAGGAUGGUACCAGCUGGUCUCUCUCAUGUCUCUCGUCAACGUCUUCUUUCUGACUCGAUGCCUUCCCAAAUUCUGGAAGCUCCUGUUGCCUCUUUUGCUCCUCUUACUACUUCUGCUUUUAUGGUGGUGCCUCCCGUUCAUCGGUGCCCUGCUUACCUACCUUCCAGCCAUAAACCUCACAGAGUGGAGCUCUAAAUCUAGGUUUGAUUUCUUCUCUAACUUGGCCGCUGUUCCCGCUGCUGUCCCUGCAACAGAGACUCCCAUGGAGCAGGCUCAUAACACUCCGGUCUCCCAAGCAACACCAAUCCUUCCCCCAGCCGCCAUCCACAGUGGCAUGGAUCUGGACCGUCUCGAACAUGUUGAGCGACAGCUGGCCUUGUUGUGGGAGAAAGUUCAGGAAGGAGACCAGAGGCAGGAUCAGCGUCACAGCAAUCUUUUCGGUCUCUACAGCUCGCUGAGAGAGCAGGUCCACAGUCAGAACGAAAGGGAGCGCUUCGAAGUGUGGGUGUCCUCUAUGAUGGAGCAGCGACUGGGUGUGCUACGAGGAGAACUGCAGCGUGAGAACUUAAACAUAGCACAUAGUUCAGAGCAGCAAAAACAGCAACAGGAAAGUCAGGCAGCACGUCUGGCUAAUUUAGAGUUUCUGCUCAGAGCUUUGACAACCAAGACUGAGGAAAUGCAGCAGAAGCAACGGCAGUUUGAGGAUGAGGCGAAGCAACGGGAGAAAGCGGCUUCUAAAUCGGCUGCCGACACAGCUCCUGUCAGUGUGGGUGUGAAGCAGGAGGACCAUAAUGCUCUAUUGCUGGAGAUGCAGAGACUUGAGGCAGAGCUGAGUAAAAUCAGGGGAGACUUGCAGGGCUUUGCAGGAUGUAAGGGCAAAUGCGAGCAGCUGAACACUCUGCAGCAGACUAUAUCUAGUCAAGUGUCCUCGCAGUUGCGGAAGGAGUUGAAAAAUCUGUUCUUCGGCAGCGAUGAAUCAGCGGACCAGCAGCAGGGUGAGAUCCCUGAGUCGCUGAUCCAAUGGCUGUCGCAGCGUUACGUGAGCACACCCGACCUGCAGGCGGCGCUGGCCUCCAUCGAGAUGAGCAUUCUGAAAAACAUUUCGCUUCAGCUGGAGCACAGUCGAGCCCAGGUUCUGGGCGAGGCAGAGUCCAGAGCCAGCAGCCUCUUUGAGACCGUAAGAGGGACGGUCCAGCACACUUCUACAACUGAGGGGCUAUCUGAAGAAGACGUGAAUCUGAUUGUUCAAAACGCACUGAAGCUCUACUCUCAGGACCGGACGGGUCAGGUGGACUACGCCCUGGAGUCUGGAGGUGGUAGCAUCCUUAGCACACGCUGCUCCGAGACUUAUGAGACAAAGACAGCCCUCAUGAGUCUAUUUGGCCUUCCGCUCUGGUACUUCUCCCAGUCUCCACGUGUUGUGAUCCAGCCGGAUGUGUAUCCUGGCAACUGCUGGGCAUUUAAAGGCUCUCAAGGUUAUCUGGUGAUCAGGCUUUCCCUGAGGAUUCGUCCAACAUCCUUCUGUGUGGAGCACAUCCCUAAGACGCUCUCUCCAACAGGAAACAUCGCCAGUGCUCCUCGCAACUUCACUGUCUUUGGUCUCGAUGAUGAGUACCAAGAAGAGGGAACGCUGCUGGGGCACUACACAUACGAGGAAGAUGGCGAGUCUUUGCAGAUCUUCCCCGUUAAGGAGAAAAACGACAAGGCGUUCCAGAUCAUAGAGGUGCGGGUUCUAUCUAACUGGGGUCAUCCAGAAUACACCUGCUUAUAUCGCUUCAGGGUCCAUGGAGAACCGCUUUCCGAAUGAAGCAACCACCCAAAGACACACUAAUAAAUCAUCAUUUUACUCUGUCUGUAAAUAACUCUCACCAGCUUCUUUAAAACGAAGGACACCUGACAGUGGGGACAGUUUGGUAUGAAAGCCAUGCAAACAGAGAGGUUGUGGAGUGUGAAAGCAAUGUGCCGAGUUGGAAGCAGGAAAGUAUGUGUAUGAAAUCCUGGAAGAGUCACUGGGAAGUUUUGUAUCUGGACUGUAAAGGAACGCAGAGAGGAGUGGAACCACGAAAGAAGCUAAAAGUCCCCUUUUCAUUGCACUGAGUUGCUCUUGAGGGUAGCGAGGCUUCCCUGAGCAGGCAAAUCCAUCCCCACCUCCACAGGAAGGUGGAUGCCUUUACUAGGGCGGGGAUGACAGACUCAUCUCAACCACAUUUUCAAUCUGCAUCUGACUUAUUUUAGUUCUUUUCUCUUUUGUAAUCUUUAAUAGAAUCUGCUGAUUUUAGGAACAAGACCACUCUGUCUUUGCCAGGUAUGUCACUCCUUUAGUUGCAGCAGCUAAACCGAGAAGUCCACAGAUGGGUUCCGAAUGCUUUCCCAUAGCCAUAAGACUUGUUUUUAAAGAACUGAACAUGCUGCCUGUGAACAAGUUCUGAAUGUUUGAUUAAGUGCAGGCUCAACGCAAGUUUCCUUUAAUCAUACAGCAAUGCUAUAAAACACUGACCUCUAUGCGAUGCAACCCUUAGGAGGCUCCUUACUACACUAAAUGUAGGAAAUCAUGCCAGCAUGUGGCUCCUUCUCUGAAACAUACAUUGACUAUACAUCCAUCAUGUACAAUGCCUUGCAAAAGCAUUAUUUUAUUUAUUUAUUUUCUUACGUUUUAUCACAUUACAACCACAAACUCCAGUGAGAUUUUUGGGGGAAGAUUUUAACUGAUAGAUCCAGACAUGGUGAAGUAGGAAAAAAGAUACCUAGUCUUCACAUUUUUACAAAUAAAACUCCAAAAGUAAAGUGUUCAUUUGCAUUUGAAGCUCUGAUGUUGGACCACCUUUUGCUGCAGUUACCACUGCAAGUUCUCUGAGAGUACUUUUCUACCAGCUUUGCACAUUUAUAGACUAAAUCCUUUUCAAAACACCUCAAGGUCAGUCAGAUUUUAAGAAAAGCAUCUGUGAAUAUCAAUCUUCAAGUUUAGUGACAGAUUGGGGUUGAACUUUUCACAGCCUCUAAUUGUUUUUUUUUUUUUCACGCUUACUCUGUUGAACUCAAUCCUACUUUGCAGUUGUCUUGUUCCUGCUGAAGAAAGGAGCUGCCACCACCAGAUUUUACCGUGGUAACUGUGUUCAUGAUGCUCUGCAGUGCUAGUUUUGUGUCAGACAGAAUUUUCCUGUAGGCCAAAAAAUUCGGCUUCGGUUUGGCUAGUGGGAAAUUCCUCAAUGAUUUCUUUCACCAGUGGUUUUAUCUGGUCUCUCUUCUCUAGAAUAGUUUUAGUUUAAUCAGUGGCUACCUGGUGCUCCUCCACAGUUAGCAUGGACCUCUUUGCUGCUUUUCUGUGUUCAUGCUGUUCUUGCUUGCCUUAUUGGUUUAGAUGAAUGACCAUUUCUUAAUACACACCUGUGUUUAAGAUUCUCCACAACUUCAUCUCUGACCUCUCUAUGGGGUUCUAGGUCAUGAAGUUUAUGUCUAACGUCUGGCACCUUGACAGUUGGAUAUAAAGUAUAUUGAUAUUACACUAUGUUGAAUUGUUUUUCCUAGUAAGAUAUCAUCUGAAAGGAGUUUGUUGCACAGGAUUUUUUGUUGGAUGAAUCAAAGUAAAGAAAGUUAAAUACAAGUAAUUUCAGGAUUUUUUUUGUGAUUGGGGUGACGAUUCAUUCUCCAGCACGUUGGACUUAAACACAACCAGAGUUACAGUGGAAAGGGUUAGGUCAGCACUCUUCAUGUUUUUAAUAUCUCCCUGGCUCAACACACUUGGAUCAAAUGCAUCUGUGGAUGACAUGCUGAAGAAGUCAUUCAGCCUUUUGUGUGUUGAAGCAGGGACACUUCUAAAACUUCUGCGUUGCCAGCUCUUGAGAAUUGGCUUUUGACGCCUCAGGUUAGGCAGAAAUAUAUUUGUGUUAGAACAACCCAGUAAAGGUUCAGACCUAAAUCCAGUUGAGAAUCUAGCAAUAAUUGAAAAGCAAUGUUUACAGACACUCUUUCCAAUCUCACAGAACUUGAGCUGUUUUGUAAAAAAGAAAAUAAAAAUUGGCAAACAUUUGUGAAUAGAUGUGCAAAGCCUAGACCCAUACUCUAAAACCAUCACAGGAAAAGGCAACUACAAAAUCGUGUCUCCUUGGUUGAAUACAUAUACAGAUCACAGUGCUACACAUUUAUUUGUAAAACAUUUGGAAGUCAUGGUGUUGGUAAAUCACAAAAAUCCACUGAGGUUUGUGGUUAUAAGAUGACAGAAUGUUAAGUUUGAGGAACAUGAAAACUUUUAUUUGGCACUGUAUAUGAAAGUGUUGUUAAAUCUGGCGUCUGGAGCUCAGAUCCUAACCAGAAUUGUGAGAUCAUGUUGACUAUAGAUUGGUUUUUAUCUUUUUCUCUCUCACCCUUUACUUGAUCUAAAUGUCCUUUUUCACAUGGGCUCUUAGAACUCUAAAACCCUGAAGGAAUGUAAUUUGUAUAUUUCAUUGUUUAUAGUUGGUCUUUUUAUUAUGCCUACUUUUAUCAGUGUUGCUUUAUUAAGACCAAGCCAGUCAUAAUUAUUAUCAUGUUGCUAUUUUUAAAAUUUCUCAUUGUGUUUGCUUUCUUUUUGUUUUAAUUUGGGGAAUUAUUCACAACACAGGAUGCACUGCAACAACUUGAUAGACAAAGGUUUGUGGCACGCGGUGUUUUUGUUAAAAAUGGGGCUAUGUAAAGAGUUGUGGGUUGGGUAUGUCAAAAAUACUAUUUGUAAAAACGUUUUGCUCACAAUCUUAUUUAUUAACAAGUUAUUAGUGGCUGCAAAUUAUGAGUUUUGGCAGUGUAUAUUUUAUUAAAAGUUGUUCAGUGCAUUUUGGAAAUCUUUUUUUUUUUUAAAGAUAAAUGGCUAUUUUUGUUUAGUCAUGAGAUGACUUAAUUGCUUUGGAAUAUAUUCCAAUAAAGACUUUAAUUUUGAUCUUUUAUACCAUU